UUUUAAAUAAUGGUGUAAUCAAAGCAAUUUAUACGGAGAUGUCUUAAAGAUAUGAAUAGUAUAUUCAUAUAUUAUUUAAUAACUUAGAAUAAUUUAUUUCAAAUAAAUGCCACAUACAAAAGUUAUUCGUCAUUUUCAAAAGCCUCGUGCUGCCAUUAAGGGACCGGUCGGACGGUAUAUAAUCCGUAUAGACGAGCCAGAGGGGCUUGAAAUCGGCUCAGAGACAAACACGCCGAGGAAUCCAACAGUUCGUUUAAAGGGCUCUAUAUCAGCGAUAAACCCCGUUGCUAGUCAUAUUCUCAGGCUGAAACGUAGUAAAAAGAACAAAAUGAGGCAAGUGAACAUUGAGUUUAAGGGAAUGGAUACCGACAGAUCGUCGGCAGGCGACAAGGAUCAUUUACCGCCGUUGACGACGACACUUACAUUUUCAGAUUAUCUGUGCAAGUGGUGUUUAACAUAUGUUGGUCAGCGUCGGCAGUUCUGUUCAGCCGAUUGCGCCUCACAGUUCAAAAUUUGUCAGAAGAGACGAGAUCAGAAACAGAAUCUUAACAUAUCUGUGGAUUACUAUGGUAACGUGAAGCUGAGUAUACAAGGAUUGCCUAUAUCGGCAAACGAACACGCAGAAGAUGGUGCAAUAGGAACUACUUUUCCUGCAAUAAAUCAAAAUACUGGAGCCGGUGGCCGGUAUAAACGCCGACGGAAAAGAUGCCGGAAUUGUGCUAAACUUCUAAAGGACUUGGAGGAGGAGGAAUUUUGCGAUGAAUCUUGUCAAGAAAUGUUUAUAGAUCGAACUAAGAAGGACGACUUUGUCAAUAUUUUUCAACAAAAAGAGGCAGCCGAACGCCGACGAAUACGGAAGUGGUUGACAGACGCCCAAGAUCAAUAUACAAAACAAGUUGGGGAUGGUUACUCAGGACCAGAAGGUGCAGAUAUAACGAGUGGACCGGCUGCCCUUAAUCCGCUUCCGGUUACAAGAACUCCCAUUCCGCCCAUCCCAUCCGUUGUUCCACCCAUACAAAUACCUAACACAGAAUCUAUAAAACGCCCUAAAGAGUCGGCAAGAAGUCUAGGGCAUGGGUAUCCGUUUCGUCGUAUUCAACAUGUACCCGAGUCAACAUUUCGUCUGCACAGAGAUGAAGUUGUAACGGGUGGUCCAGUAACAUUAAACCCCAUUCCGUUACGGAAAGGUCCAAUACGUCCUAGCAGACGAGAUUUAGAAAUAGAUCCAGAUAAACGUCAACUGAUGAUCGACUUAAAGUGGAUUCCGAAGUUCAACAUUUAAAUGAAACAUAUACAAUACAUCGAACAUCCAUUUACUUCUGACUUCAUAUGUCUGCAUAAUUAUGAAUUUCACAUGUACAA